GAUCUUUUGAAAUUCACUAUUCAGUUUUCAGUUAAUUGUUUUUGUUUGUAAGACCAGAAUAACUCGUAAUCAAAAAUUCAGAAAUUAGAAUUCAUUGUCUUAUUCAGUAACAGUUUAUAUCCAGGAUUAAAGAAGAAAUUCUAUUUCGUUAGUCGUGUAGUCGCUUAAGCUUUAAUUCAUGAUAAAGUUGUGUCUGAAUAGUCUAUACCUUUAAGAUGAUUAAAAUCCAAGACACAUCACCUUCAAAAAUGGAAGAAACUGAAUAUAUGUCUGAUGAUGAAGAUGAAAAUUUGACAUAUGAACAACAAAGAGAAAAAAGAAUGAAAAAAAAUGAAGAAAUAUUAGAUAUUCUUGGUGUAAGUCAGGCUGCAAAGACAUUAGCUAGUAGCUUACAAAAAAAGACAUAUGUUAAAAAAGAUAAACCUAAAAAUAUAAACUUAAAACCUGAAAGACGUUCACUGCGAUUAGCUAAUUUGCCUGCACCUCAAGAUAAUCAUCUCCCUGGUGAAUAUGAAUUAAAAUCUAACAAUUCUGAAAUCUCUAAAAAAGAUGAUUCUUAUACAACUACAUUUAAAGAUCAAAGUACCAUAGCAAUGCCAGAAGAAGACUCAAAUUUUGUUGAAAAAUUGAGUGAUGACUUAGCCAUCAAAGAAGCUGUUAAUAAUUUUCAUACAUUACCUAGUCAUAAGUUUAUUCAUGUGUUAAAAAGUCUUGAUAUGAAUACACCAUCAUUAAAAAUCUGUGAAAAACGAAUUUACUCUCUUGCUAUUCAUCCUUCAGAAACAUCUCUAAUAGUUGCAGCAGGAGACCUGAAAGGAAACUUGUCCUUAUACAACAAGAGAAAUUCAGAAAUGCGUGAAUAUAGACUACAUGAUGCUCCUGUUAAUUGUAUUUCAUUUUGUUCUUGGGAUCCAUACAAGUUAUUUUCAACUAGUCAUGAUGGAUCAGUCAGAUGUGGUGACAUUGUUAAACGCACUUUUGAUAUUAUCUAUAAGACAGAUUGGAAAAAUAAAAAUAAAUCAAAAAUGAAUCAUUCUACAUGGCACUCUGAAUUUGAAAGAAAUCUGCUCAUAGGCAGUGGUUCGGGUCAUGUAGAUGUCAUUGACACACGGACACCAAAUAAAAUUAUUAACACAGCCUGGUGCCAUGAAAGAUCUGUGCGUACAGUUCAAUGUCACCCUUUGAAAAAACAUAACUUUUUAACUUCAUCUGGAAUUGGAGAGGUUUCUUUAUGGGACAUAAGAAAUAUGACUGAUAAAUCAAUUAAUCCAAUCUUACAGUUUGAGCAUCCUAAAUCAUUGACUAGUGCAUUUUUUUCUGACUCUGGUACUAAGAUGGUAUCUACAUGUAAUGAUGACAAAAUUAGAAUCUUUAAUACCAAUACAUUAAAUUCAAGUGCUACAAAACCCAUCAACGUAAUUCCUCAUAAUAACCAUACAGGACGAUGGCUUUCAGUAUUCAAAGCUAAAUGGAAUCCUGGAAGAGAUGAUGAAUUCUUCAUUGGAUCAAUGAUAACUCCAAAAAGAAUACAAAUUUAUAAUUCUGCUGGAAAUGUAUUGCACAGUCUAAUCUCUACAGAUAUGACCACAUAUUGUCCAGUCAUAGAAGUACAUCCCACUCAGGCUAUUUAUGUCGGAGGAAAUGGAUCUGGUCGUUUACAUAUAUUUAGUACCAAAGAACAACUAUUAUAAAAGUUUGUUUUACUAAAUUAUUCAGUUAUGAUUUUUUAUA